AUGGGCUGCGGAAGCACCAAGGUGCUGCCAGAAAGCUCGGUUAAAAACGGUUACGUGAGCUUCGUGAAGUCGGUAGUGGGCUACAGUCACAAAAGAAAAGAGUUAGACGAUGAGCUGCAGAAGUGUAAAGGGACGCAGAAAGACUUUUGGAGUGUUGUUCAGAGCAGUGGAGUUACGGGUACACAGGCGCCGUCAUGCGUUCUACUGCCGACGGGCCAGGAUGGGCAGAGGCACAACAAAGUGGCCAAGUACAAGGCGAAGUUUGACCCCAGAGUCACAGCAAGGUAUGAUAUCAAGGCCCUGAUCGGUAGGGGGAGCUUCAGCCGGGUGGUACGCGUUGAGCACAGAGCCACCCGCCAACCCUUCGCCAUCAAGAUGAUGGAGGUGGAGGCCAGGGAAGGGCGAGAGGUGUGUGACUCGGAGCUGGGGGUGCUACGCAGGGUCAGCCACCUCAAUGUGGUACAGCUGGUGGAGGUGUUCCAGUCGCCCCAGAGGGUCUACAUGGUUCUGGAACUGGCCACGGGCGGGGAGCUGUUCGACCGUGUCAUCGCUAAGGGCCAUUUCACCGAGUGUGAUGCCACCAGAGCCCUGCAGAUGACUUUAGCCGGGGUGGGGUAUCUUCAUUCUCUGGGCAUCACACACAGGGACCUGAAACCUGAGAAUCUGUUGUACUACCACCCUGGAGCCGACUCACGCCUGCUGGUGACUGACUUUGGACUGGCCAGCUUUGGGAACAGGGACCCUGGAGGGGACUGGUCCAUGACGACCACUUGUGGGACGCCAGAGUACAUGGCCCCAGAGGUGGUCUUGAGGAUGCCCUACUCCUGCCAGGUGGACAUGUGGGCCCUAGGGGUCAUAGCCUACAUCCUACUCAGUGGCUCCAUGCCCUUCGAGGACGACAGCCGGCCCAGACUCUACAGAGCCAUCCUCAGGGGAAGGUACAGCUUCCACGGAGAGCCCUGGCCCUCUGUUUCCAACCUGGCUAAGGACUUCAUUGAGCGCCUCCUAGGGGUGGACCCUUCAUCUCGACUCACCGCCAUCCAGGCCCUCCACCACCCCUGGGUGGUCACCAUGUCAGCAAGCUCCUCAUCCAUGACCAACCUGCAUCGCUCCAUCUCCCAGAACCUCCGGCGGCGGGCAUCUCGGGCCUCCGUACCCUCCUCUUCGUCAUCCUCCCGAUGCCCCAGCAGCACAGGGUCCGGGGCCAGCCACAGUCGAUCUACACACCAGUGGGAGAAAGAUCUGCUGCAGAAGAAGCAAACCCAGAGACCCACCACCCAGAACCAGAGACGACAGCCAGGGAACCAGGCUACGACCCAGUCUCUAAGACCCACCUCCCAGCCCAACAAGCCCCCUGAGCAGGUUCAGCCAGCGGGCUCCACUACCACCACCCAGCCAGGGUCGCCCUGA